CUCUUCUUGCUCUUCAAGUCUUGGGACUUCUCCACAGCUCUAAACUAAAAAAUGUCUCACGGUAUUGACAAGGCGGUUGAGGCGCUGCUUCGUGGCCAAGAAAGCGCUUACCGCUUGAAGACCGUGCUCGAGCACGCAAGCUCAGUUCCAACCGAGCCUCUCUUCGAUACCGUUCUUGAUUCCUUCUCAUUUGCUCUCUCUCUUUUUGCAUCUUCUAACCCUCAACCACACCGUGAGUCUUCUCAGAACAAGGCAACCCCCGUGGUGGCUCAAAAAUCGCCCAAGAAAAAUAGCCACGGAGAAGAAUGUUUAGAGCAAUACAUCCAAGAUUCACCAACUCCUUUCUGCAAUGACGGUUUUUCUUGGAGGAAGUACGGCCAAAAGAAAAUCAAAACCUCUUCCCACCAAAGGUGUUACUAUCGUUGCGCCUAUGCCAAAGACAGAAACUGCAACGCUACAAAGAGGGUGCAACAGAUCCAAAACAGUCCUUCUGUGUACAGAACAACUUAUGUCGGAAAACACAUCUGUGAGGUUAAUGCUUUUUUGCAGCCUAAUGAAGAUAUUAUUAACGGUUCCAAGAUGAUUCGGUUCGACAAGAUCGACCAAGUCAUGCCUGACUCGGUUAUGCCUCAACUCGUUCCAGUAGAACAACAAGAAGCAAUUAUCAUCGAAGGCACGGACCAAAUCAUGAACCUAGAAUGUGGUAGUAACGAGUUUUUGGUGGAUGAUGAACAGUUAUGGGGGUAUCAGUUUCCUCCAUGUUCACCUGGAAAUUUUAUGUUCUUGGACGAUCUUUCUGAGUUCGAUUACAAUCCUUUCCGCGUUUGAACAAGCAAUUUUUCAAGCUUCUUCUUAUGUUCACAUAGAGGGUAGACUAUGUCAUACUAUGGUACUUGCUAUAUUUUGUAAUAGUUUAUAUUUUGGUGUGUUAGAUUCAUAAUUCGUGACAUCGUUUUUGUGUCAUUAGUUUACGUCAUCGUUCAUGACGUAUAUGUGUAAGUUCGAUUCAAAUAUUGAGGACAACUACUGUUUAUCUUUUGAAUGAUAUAACGGGUGUUUA